CAGAAGGGGCCACUGCAUCUUGACACUUCCGGUCGAAAGAAGAGCGCGCUUGGGGCAAAGACUACACCUCCCGCCUGGCUUUGCGGCGUGGCCCGCCUGCUUUACCCAGCCUCCCCCUCUGCUGCCCCGCGUCUUUUUGCGGAGGCCCGGAUGUAGCUUUCCCGGCUCUGUGGGUGUGGCCUCACGUUGGUUCUCAGACCUGGGGCACUCUUAUUGGCUCUUGGGCCACCCGACUGGCUUGGACGCGAAGGAAGGAGUUAAGGGCUAGGCGCGGAGUUCUGUGACGACAGCCAAUCAGAAGCGCUGCGGGGCAUUGGCGGGAGGCGAGAACGCUGAGGCGGUGCACAUUUGGCGCGAGUUUGGCUGGAGCCGGCUGCUGCGGAUGUGAGUUUGCUCUGGAGCCUGUGGCGGAGAGUCCCUGAGGCCCUGUGUGAGAGCCGUGAGAGGGGACCUGCGCUGAGCUGAGUCACCAUCAUGCCUCAAACCCGAUCCCAGGCACAGGCUACAAUCGGCUUUCCAAAAAAGAAGCUGUCUCGGACUUUGGACAAAACUAAAAACUCAAAUGACACCAAAGUAGAACUAACAAAUGUCUCAGCCACACCUCAUUCUCCUAGUGUAAAAAUUCUGCCUCUCAGCCCCAGAAAACGUUUGGGUGAUGACAACCUAUGCAACACUCCUCAUUUACCUCCCUGUUCUCCACCAAAGCAAGGCAAGAAAGAGAAUGGUCCCCCUCGCUCACGUACACCUAAGGGACGCAGAUUGGUAUUUGACAAUUUGCUGACAAGUAAGUCUCCUAGCAAACGAGAACAAGCCAGAGUUCACCAAAACAAGAUAAUUUCCUCUGUUCAAAAAGGUCAAGAGAUCACAAAAAAUUCUGAGAAGUAUCCACUGGAGAUUGAAUCUGCACGUAUGAGACUCUUCAAGCAAGAAGGCACUUGCUACCAGCAAGCAAAGCUGGUCCUGAAUACAGCUGUCCCAGAUCGGCUGCCUGCCAGAGAAAAGGAGAUGGAUGUCAUCAGGAAUUUCCUAAGGGAGCACAUCUGUGGGAAAAAAGCUGGAAGUCUUUAUCUUUCUGGUGCUCCUGGAACCGGAAAAACUGCCUGCUUAAGCCGAAUUCUGCAAGACCUCAAGAAGGAACUGAAAGGCUUUAAAACUAUCAUGUUGAAUUGCAUGUCCUUGAGGAGUGCCCAGGCUGUAUUCCCAACUAUUGCUCAGGAGAUUUGUCAGGAAGAAGUAUCCAGGCCAGCUGGGAAGGACAUGAUGAGGAAAUUGGAAAAACAUAUGACUGCAGAGAAGGGCCCCAUGAUUGUGCUGGUAUUGGAUGAAAUGGAUCAGCUGGACAGCAAAGGGCAGGAUGUACUAUACACACUAUUCGAAUGGCCAUGGCUAAGCAAUUCUCGAUUGGUGUUGAUUGGUAUCGCUAAUACCCUGGAUCUCACAGACAGAAUUCUGCCUAGACUUCAAGCUAGAGAAAAGUGUAAGCCACAGUUAUUAAACUUCCCACCAUAUACCAGAAAUCAAAUAGCCACUAUCUUACAGGAUCGACUUAAUCAGGUGCCUAGAGAUCAGGUUCUGGACAGUGCUGCAAUUCAGUUCUGUGCCCGCAAAGUCGCUGCUGUCUCAGGAGAUGUUCGCAAAGCCCUAGAUGUUUGCAGGAGAGCUAUUGAAAUUGUAGAGUCAGAUGUCAAAAGCCAGACUAUCCUCAAACCACUGUCUGAAUGUAAAUCACUCUCUGAGUCUCUGGUUCCCAAGCGAGUUGGUCUUACUCACAUAUCCCAAGUUAUUUCGGAAAUUGAUGGUAACAGGAUGAUUUGUAGCCAAGGGGGAACACAAGAUUCCUUCCCUCUUCAGCAGAAGAUUUUGGUCUGUUCUUUGCUGCUUUUGACCAGGCAGUUGAAAAUCAAAGAGGUUACUCUGGGAAAGUUAUAUGAAGCCUAUAGUAACGUCUGUCGAAAACAGCAGGUGGCAGCUGUGGACCAAUCAGAGUGUUUGUCACUUUCAGAGCUCUUGGAAGCCAGGGGUGUUCUAGGAUUAAAGAAAAACAAGGAAACCCGCUUCACAAAGGUGUCUUUGAAGGUUGAAGAGAAGGAAGUAGAGCAUGCUCUGAAAGACAAAGCUUUGAUUGGGAAUAUCUUAGCUACUGGGUUGCCUUAAAGUCUUCUCUGACAUCUCACCUAAAAGUAUUCAGCUGGCAAAUAGAGUUAUGGAGUCUUCAUUUUAAUACUUGGUGCAUUGAGGUCUGAAAACAAAUAAGACCUUUCCUUCAAACCAAUGAAUUUUAUUCAUAGUUAUGAAUAUUACCACAGAAUCAUGUCUUUGGGUCUUGUCGAUUUUACCCAUAAAAAUGAUCAAGUAUAUUCUUUUUAAUUAUGUUCACUACCUCUACCACUUGUAUGUCUAACCAACAUGCUUGCAAGUGUACAGAUUUGUGUUGCGAAAUGUGUGUAUACCUGUUGGCUUCUUCAUUGUAUUUUGUUAAGAACUAUGAGGCUAGAUUAAGAAGAAUGAAAAAGAAUGAUCCAGAAGAAUAAGCAAGUCCACAUGGAGAUUUGGUGGACACAUUUGUUGAAAAAUGUCUUUCCUUUUGGAGUGUAUUGUGUUCGUGUUGCAGAUCCUACCACAUUGUGACAUUUUAAAGACUCCUUGAGUUCCUUGGGCAUUCCUAAGGUUGUGGGGGUGGUAAGGAGAAUGUAACU